AUGGGGCGCCGAAAACAAGCUAAACCAACCAAACGUCCGCAAGACGACUACGGUCUCGACGAUCCACAGCCGUCGCCGAAGAUCACCAAAGAGGACGUGACGGCGACAUCGGCCCAGGAAACGACAGCUGCAAGUCCAACACCACUUCAAGGUCAUCUACACACCGCUGAGAUGUCUCCGUCGUGCUCCAAGGAUCCCUCGUCAGGCGAUUCGGCGAAGAAAAGUGCACCGAAUCCAUUGCUGAUGUUGGAAAAAUCACUGAAACGAUUCGAACCGCAAAAACCAGUGUCUCAACCGCUUCGAACACCAUCGAAUCCGUUCAGCAGCGGAUUAGGAGCUUUGUUCCAGUUUGUCGGUAAAAUACAUGGAGAAUCAAUGUGGAACGCCCAGCAACGAAGGGAAAACGAUGUGGAUUCGAUUUUGAAAUGUCUUCAAUGUGGACGAACAUUCCAAACAAUGGAAAUGCUGGUUAGGCAUAUGCAGGAUACGCAACAUUUCAAUAACCUACCGAAAACGUACAGUUCACUGAUUCAAAUGGAUCGCCAGAAAGUUCUAAAUUUGAAAUUGCAAAUGAAAUCCGAUAGUAUGAAAUUGGCUUGUGUCAAAUGUGGAGAGAUUCCCACAAAUAUCGACAAACACUUGAAGGAUGUUCACGAUGUUAAGACUAGUGCUGACUGGCUGAAGAAUAUUCGCGUUAUCCGAGACGGAGAAAAUCCCGUGCCGUCACUUUCCGGUUCACCGCAGCCAGCGGCCAACUCACCGCAUCUCAACAAACUGAUGUCACUGAUCAAUACGGUUGAUAAAAAAUGA